AUGCAGGACCACACAGAGGGGAGCAGCUUGCAGUCCCAAGCUCUUGAAACGAUACAGGAGAGGCUGCGAGAGGCUGAGCUGGGCCUCAGGAGGGAACAGGACAACUACCGGCAGAUGCAGAGUGAGUAUGCUGGCCGCCUGUCCAAAGCGGAGGCUGAGAGGCAGACCCUCGCAGAGACGGUGACUGCAGCAGAGCGGCGAGCUGCAGAGGAGAGGCUCAGGGUCGAAGACCUCCAGCAGCAACUGAAAAGUGCCAAAGCUGCAGCUGAGACCGCCAAACAGGAGUUACAGGACUACAAGCACAAAGCUUCACGCAUCCUACAAUCCAAAGAAAAGCUAAUCAGCAGCCUGAAGGAGGGAUCUGGUCUGGAGACGGUGGACGGCAGCGGGGCCAUGGCUCUGGAGCUGGAGGACUUGCGUCAUGAGAGGGAAAUGCAGAAGGAGGACAUCCAAAAACUACAGGGGCAAGUGCACACGCUUCGAAUAGAAAUACAGGUGAGGAUUUAAAGGGCAGAAAAUAGAGAAAAGGAUUGUCUGUAUUGGUGUUUGUGUAUCUGAUGGCUGCACUGUGAUGUUUGUAAAUCUGUUUAUGGCUGGGUUGCACCGGCAGAGAUUAGUACCGGAUUAGUUCUAAUCUAAGUUUAGGAAAACUGGGGUUAAAAUGAGCAAAUCCAGAGUUAAAAAUAUGCAGAGCUCUGUUGCACAAUUAUUGUUUUUUAAUUUUAUUUUUUUGACUAAUCUGUUCAAG